AUUAAUAAUAUCAAUAAUCUCUGGUUGGAGCAGUAAACAGCUCCCUGGUUCCUUGGAGCUCUUCAAUGGGCUUCUCUGCAGAGUCCCCAAGCUGGGUUACUAUUUGCAGGGCCCCUAGUGGCAGGAAGUAUCUUUAGGCUUGAUUAAGGCUUAGUUAGGUUCUCUCCAGAAAGAUCUUCCAGACUCCUGCCCACAGGUACAGUCCAGGCAACAGUUUGUAACCUGAAUGAGAAGAAAAGUGGACGUGUCAACACUCUGCCCUCCCUCACUCUGUUCCCUUUAUGCCUCCCUCACCCACCUGGCAUCCCUGUUCUCUCAGUAGAAGCCCAGGUUUUACUCUAUACAGAGAAUGAACCGCUGGUCUUCUAGGAUUGGGGAGGGUAGACGCCUGUGUUCACUAAGGUAUGGCAUCUGGAGAUCGAACUAAUUCUUAGAGGGAUUGUCAACUAAUCUCUCUUGUUUUAGCUAAAUUUUACCCCCAUUUCUAGGGUUAUAGAGAGCUAAAUGCCUCCUGGAUUUGGGGAGGUUUUGUUGGGUAAGUCAUACUGCUUCUCAGGUUUCCUCACAAUCGGCUUAGCCUCUUUCAGCUUUUGAGGGCCUGCUAAAUCUUUUUCCUUGCCUCCAUCUGCUUUUUCCUUUCCAAAAAGUUUGUUUUUUUGCUCCUGUUGACUCAUCUCACAUUCUAUGCCUAAAGAAAAUCUGUUACCUCUUAUUUUAUUUGAACUGGGGAGAGAUUGAAAUUCAAUGUGCAUAAUCAGCCUGCUCUUUCUUUACCCAGAAGUCAGAUUCCUGUUGGCCAUUUGAGUUUCCCUUCUGUCAAUCAUUUAUCCAUAUGUUGUACCAGGUUUUUCUAUUAAGUUUUUUUAUCUUUUUCUUUGUGGAUUUCCUUAUAUAUUCUAGAUUUUUAAUUCCUUAUUGAAUUUGUAUCCUUAUAUCAAUAGUUUCGGGCUGUAUGGUUAAGUUCUACUCUCAAAAUUUUAAUUUUCUGAACUGUGAAAUUAAAUGCUAAUAUUGUUGGACUCUUAAGUGUGCAUCCUUGCUGUGUGGGAUCCCCAAAACAUAAGUGCUACAGUGAUUUAGUGCUUAAAACUUUUCUUUCUCUUUUUUAUAAAAUGACAGCAUUGAAAAAAGACCUAUUAUGUUUGUAGUGUCUGUUUUGUGUGAGUUUGUCUUGGUUAGGGAUAUAGGCAGAUUGUCCAGCUCCGGCAGAGGCUGAUUGUUCUACAGUAUCUGUUCUUUCUUUCUUCUAUGGUGAUAGGUUUUCACUUGUGUACAUGGCUUCCCAGAAUAAAUAAGGUAUUUUCCAGCCUCUAGAGGUAGCCAAGUAAGUUCCAGCCAGUAAACUGUAAAUGGGUGUUCAGUAGCAGUUUCUGUUGACCCACCUUUGAAGUCACCUACUGCAUUCCGUUCACCCCAAAUCUUCAUCCUUUUUUCAUACCUGUUGGGUGGAAUGUGGAUACAGUGGUUGGAGGAGUAGAUGGGGUCCAACUCUAGGAAUGGUGGUGCUGUGAGCGGGAACGUUCGUGGGUUCUGUGAGACUCAAGAGAGCAGAACUCCACACAGCCCUUGACUGUCUGCAUUCUGAGUGCUAGAGAGAGAAACUGCAGUCACGCCUAAGCCACUGCCCUUUUAAGUUUGCUGACAGCUGCAGCUAAACCCAAUCCUAAGCAGACAUACCACCUCAAAUUUGCCUAAUCAAAAAUAGGUUUAUGGUUUAUUGGCUUACGGAACAGGUUUAUCCAAGAGGUGAAGCUGUUUUUAAGUACCGCCCCAUGCAGCAGCUUAAAUUAUGUCAUCAGUACCCUGUUUCUCUGUUUACUUUUGCUUCUGCUUGCUUUAUUCUCAGACUAUUAGAAUUUGGCAACAGUAUGGCUGCUGGGUGUCUCCAUUGUAAAAACAUUUUAUAUUAUUAGAGAAAGAGCGAGCACUUUGAUCUGAUAACCUAACAGUUAGCCUGGUCACCCAUUCCCUAAACCAGUCAAGGUGAUCAGGGGGAGAAUACUCAGAUCAGUUCAGCCAGGGUCAUAUGCCCACUCGGGCUGGAGGGGAAGGCAAUCCUUAUCCAAAUAUAUAGACUAAGCAGAAUUCCUUUGGGAUGAAGCACGGCUGAUUCCAAGAAGACACUGGAUCAAUGUGACUCUAGAAACAAAUGGAUGAAUGAAUGUCCAUAUGAAGAGGAAAACAAUCAAGAAUAUCAACACCUUUGAGAACAGAAUGUUAAUGCUUGAUGGGAUGCCGGCAGUCAGAGUCAAAACAGAGCUUUUGGAAUCUGAGCAAGGGUCUCCAAACGUCCACAACUACCCCGAUAUGGAAGCUGUUCCCCUGUUGCUAAAUAAUGUGAAAGGGGAGCCCCUGGAGGACUCGUUACCUGUAGAUCACUUCCAAACGCAAACUGAGCCAGUGGACUUGUCAAUCAACAAAGCCAGGACAUCCCCCACAGCUGUUUCAUCCUCCCCCGUUUCCAUGACAGCAUCUGCCUCCUCACCCUCCUCAACUUCAACCUCGUCCUCGUCUUCUAGUCGUCCAGCCUCAUCCCCAACUGUUAUAACAUCAGUAUCUUCUGCAUCAUCUUCGUCAACAGUAUUAACUCCAGGGCCCCUUGUAGCCUCUGCGUCUGGUGUGGGAGGCCAGCAGUUUUUGCACAUUAUCCAUCCUGUACCGCCUUCAAGUCCCAUGAAUUUACAGUCUAACAAACUGAGUCACGUUCACCGCAUCCCCGUGGUGGUACAGUCGGUGCCUGUUGUCUACACAGCUGUGCGGUCACCUGGAAAUGUGAACAACACUAUUGUAGUGCCGCUUUUGGAGGACGGGAGAAGCCAUGGCAAAGCACAAAUGGACCCUCGAGGCCUAUCUCCCAGACAAAGUAAAAGUGACAGUGAUGAUGAUGACCUGCCAAAUGUGACCUUAGAUAGCGUUAAUGAAACUGGAUCCACGGCCCUUUCCAUAGCCAGAGCAGUACAAGAGGUUCAUCCAUCCCCAGUAUCAAGAGUCCGGGGAAACCGAAUGAAUAGCCAGAAGUUUGCUUGUUCAAUUUCACCAUUUAGUAUUGAGAGCACAAGACGCCAGAGACGGUCUGAAUCCCCAGACUCCAGGAAACGGCGUAUCCACAGAUGUGAUUUUGAGGGAUGCAACAAAGUGUACACAAAAAGCUCUCACCUGAAGGCUCACCGCAGGACACAUACAGGGGAGAAGCCCUACAAGUGUACCUGGGAAGGCUGCACCUGGAAGUUCGCGCGUUCGGAUGAACUGACGAGGCAUUACCGCAAACACACGGGAGUGAAGCCAUUCAAGUGCGCAGACUGUGACCGCAGCUUUUCCCGGUCAGAUCAUUUGGCACUGCACCGUCGGAGGCACAUGCUGGUGUGAGGAAUGCUCCCUGGCCAGCUGGGCCGAAGAGCUGGGUCUCUUGGCAGCACCCAAUUCAGCAGGGCUGAAUCCCCUUCACAGUGUUAACACGAAAGGGCAUCACCACCCCACGAUGCCUGAAAACCAGAGCAGGAGAAAGAAGUAGCCCUUCUCCUUUUGGUCGGAAGGUAACCCCCAUCACGACUACCCGAGAAACGUCUUCACGCUGGCCUGGGAGAUCGGGGACACAGAUGCUGAAGAGACAGGCAUUGUUUUGCGUGCUGUGUACUCUGCCGUUUAAAGAUGUUUGUAGCUUGUACAUUUUCUGAGCUGUCAGACAUUUUGUUAUUGAUACUUUAAAGGUCAUCUACCACAAAUUGAUGGCUAGAGCAAGACCUUUUACAUUGGGAUUAUUCUCCCGUCAUCCCACCCCUUAACCCCUUUUUACAGAAAGUUUAGUUACUAUCUGAGUAAGGCAGAACACACAUCCAAUCUGUUACCAGCAAGCAGCAUGAAAGUAGAAAAGAAGAGGCUGUUGGAGGGGUUCCAUUACCUGCAAAUAAAGGGGCACUCAGACAGCCCUUUGCAAUAGCGAUGGCGGCAACCAGAUAUCACCCGCGACCCGUCAUUAUGCCAUGCCCUGGAGACAACCAACAUUGAAUCUCUCAUUUGUUUGUCGUUGAUUGUAUUUGUUUGUUUUGAUUCUGUUUUGUCCGUCUGUUCAAGCAGAGGGGCAGUGACAUUUCGGUUGGAGUCUAGUCCUGGUGUCCGCCCUGGCGUGCGCCAGCACAGAGGUGUUCUGUGGUUGAAUAGGAAGAGCCUGUCUAAAAAACUACUGCCCCACUUCAAAUCGCAGUGUUCUGUCACCUAGGUAUCAUCUCCUCCUGCCCCUAGUAUUUGAUUACAAGGAAUCGGGGGGAAAAAAACUUCCUUAGACACACUGGCACCAAGGGGAGAGGUGGGGCUGCCCAGGCAAAGUCAGCGAACAUGGAAAAUCAGACAAAGCAGAGAUGGAAAUAAUGCACCUCUUGAGGAGAAAAGCAAUAACGAAUAAAAGGACUUUCCUACAAUAACUUCACUGAGGACUCACGUUACCAAUUUUCAUACUUACUAAAGGGACUGUAAAAAAACACCCCUGCAUUUUAGAUGGCUUGGUCACAUUCACAGCACUGAGGUAAUCUCUCUGCUGUUAGUUGCCCUGCUUGGGUGAGCACCACAAUUGAAGACUGUGCUCCCCUUUCCUGGUUCGGAAACAGUUAUUUGGUGACUAGAAGUGCCGGCGAGGCAGAGUAGAGAAUGAACUCUUGGGCUCAUGGGUCAGUUCUCCUUGGAAUUGAGUCGGGGGAAAGGCAGUGUGCCCCGCCACUUGAGGAAAGCCUGACCUGGUGCUAGUUUCCUCACUUGGAGAGCCAAGGAUAAGUGACUCUCUCAUAGGUUCUUCUGUACAGAUUUCCUUUUCUAAACUGUCCUAGCACCCAGUGGUUCUGCACAGGCAACUGCAGGGAUGUUGAACCCCCACUCCUCCUGUGCUGGGGAUGCAAGGAAAUUCUAGUCCCCGUCUACCCGCUAAAAUUCAGAGCCCUUUUUGCAAUUAGCAAAGUAUACUGUAAACCAAGCAAUACAUCACCAACAAGCACUCUUUCAGAAAAAUCACCACAUUUUCUCCCCACUAAAAGCUGCUUUUUUUCAGCUUAAUGUGGCUAAGGGGCUUGGUGAGGUUUUUCGUUACUGUUAAGAUUUUUUAUAGCCAGGAUAUCAAAGGUUGCCAUCAUAGACCUUUGCAGUGUAUUUUAAUUACAAACACUUGAUUUGGGGAGUUGCACAGAUUAACCUCACAAUAUCACUAGGUCAUUUUUAGAUGUAUGAACAUUCUGAAAUAAUCACCAGUUGCACAAGUAUCCUUUUUAGGAUCAUCUUCAAAUUCAUAUGAUGUUAUUCAGAACUAUGAACAUUGAAAACAGGAACAAUUUGUGUUGGAUGGUACUAAAAGGAACUUUUUUUUUUUAAUAUUCAGGCAACAGCAUAAUGAUUUUCAGGUCAAAUUCUAUCUUCAAAAUAUGCGCUCUAUAUUUUCUGCCAGAUCUGAAAAAGUCAUCAGGCAGUUUCCCUUCAACAAGGGCUGCAAGUCUAUUGAUAAAUAGCUUCUUUAGCUACACAAUCUACUACCCACAGAGCAUUGGUUUUUGUUUGGUUUUUUUUUUUUUUCUUAACCAACUGGAAAGUUUUUUAUCUGUACUGUAUGCAACUCUUACUUCUCAUUGCCUGUGGCCAUUUUGAAUAGAAAAAAGCCUCUGGGUGCCUUGAUGCAUGCUAGCUCUGGGUACUGGUCAGUGGCAAAGAACACAGAGAGUGGCAAACACAGCCCUGAAGCCCCCUCUGCACGUCCUGGCACCUGCUUAGCAGGCAUGGAGAAUCACUCAGGUGAAGUGUCGACUUGGUUUAAUUCUGCCUGCUCUCCUGAGACGGGCCGGUCCUCGUCUCCACUGAGAGAUGUCUUCAGAGUGUUCCAGGUAGACGUGGUUUUUAGAAUUCAUAGAACUGACAGCCAGUGGGAGCUUCCUGAGUGACAGCUUGAUUUAAAUUUAGCACGAAACCCAGUGAGCUGCUUCUCUCUAAUAACAUGGAAAAGGUUCGGGGAAGUAAGCUUUUUCUCCUCAUCCUCUGAAGGUGGAAACCAGACUCAGAUGGGAAGUUAUCUCAUGAAGUCUGUCAACAUUACACCAUUUCUCCCUUUAGACUCUCAGUACUUCUAAGGAGGGAUCCAAGCCCAAGUGCUGAGCGGGUUGCUGACCCAGAUCCCAGGACUGAAGCUUCCCUGGGGCUUGUCUGAGGACAUAGCAAGUUCUCCUUGGCGGGUGUCUCACUAAUGUUUCCCCAUGGAAGGGAAAGUGGUUUGGGAGAAAUGGCAUUGGGCUAGAGAGGACAAAUAUCUUCAGGCGUGGAAAAACCUGCUCCCAUCUUCUGUCUGUUCUAGCCUCUUUGGAAAAGCACAGUAAGUAGAUGAGGUGCAACAGAAAAAGAGGAAGAGAAUCCAAAGGAUUCGUCAGUUGUUCCGUAACUAAAAGCAUCCUUGGGUUUUAAAUUUGAGUUUGCAGCUGGGCAUUUGUGUGUGUUUGGGAACGUCUACACAGGUGGCUGUCAUGACUUGCUGGCUGCAGUAGGCCUGAUGACCUCUUUGCUGAGUAGAGAUUAGAGUUCAAGGGAGUUCACAUCAUUUAAAAAGUGACAAGGUUCACACUUUGAGGCUUUAGGAGGCUCCCUCCUCUUAAGUUUGAUUCCCUGGUAGGAAAAAGAUUCACACUUCCCCAGCACCUCCAGCUCCAUCCUGUCAAUUGUGUGUGGACUCUGGGAAGCCGGCUUGAUAACUUGUCUUAAGUUCUAUUAAGACAUUUUAGGCUGAAAUUCCUAAUUGCUUUACCAUAAAGAUUGUACUACUUCCUGGCAUUACUUUUAUAAAACACUAUAGGACAUUUAUUUUCAAAAGCAGUUGAAUAGCAGUAACAUAAACCACAUUUUUUUUAAGAGUACUUUUUAUUCACUUGAGAGUUUAAGUGGAAAAUAGGAAAAGGGUUGUCAGGGGGGAAAAGCUUACAAAAUGCUACCGUGUUUACAGAUGCCAGUUCUAGAUGAUUAGAAAGGCCAUUCUCAUUGUGGUUGAAAUUUGGAAUCACUUAUAGAAAGACUGCGUUCUUUUUUUUAUGGCUUUUUUUAACUUCAAAUUGCCAUUUGUGUUUUAAACAUAAAUAUAAUUCUGUACUUUGAAAUCAGUUCAUUAGAGUGAUAACAUGUAUAUGGAUAAAGAUGCAGUAUUCCUUAUUCUGUUCUUUAUUUAUUAUACUUACCAAAGCUGCAAUUGAAUAAAUCUGUUGAGGUGAGGCCUUCAAAUGUAUCAAUACACCUUUGUUAUGUUGUUAUGACUGCUUAGAAAUGUAGCCAUGGUGUUGUUAUAAAGGUGUCUUAAUAUUUAUAGUAAGGAUUGACAGAAUUUAAGCAGUAUUAAGAAUACCACCAUCCACGAUACAUUGAGUUACAGUCAUCAUAUAAGGGACUGAUCAUAAGAUGACUCUUGUGAAUCAUCAUAGGCCCAGGAAGCCUUAAUACUCAUAGUCCAUAAUCCAUGCUCAGAUUCUGCUCUUAACUAAUGCCUCUAAAAUUGGGAGGAAAAUGUAUUCUGCAAUUUAAUUGAUCAAAUCUCUUCCUUCAGUUUUCUAAGGUAGUACAUCUCAUUAAAAAAUCUUUCCAUUUGCUUUGGUUUUGUUUAGAAAAGAGGUUUGGAAAGUCAGUGUCUUCUGUAUUACAUUUCUACUUGUCCCCAUGCUGCCUUCAGGUUACCUGUACAGGCAUGCCCACCUUAUGCAUACCUGUAUACACCCCUGUUUAUGUGUGGGCUAAUAAAUAGCAACAAAGAACUUUUUUAAAAGAAUAAUUUGUAAUAAUUCAUGCUGUCUAGAAAUGUAAAUUAUUUACCUUAUUAGGGAAUCAGCUUAUAAUGCUAUGUAUGACUCUGCCUGCAUUUUGUAGUUAAGAAGUGUACAUACAAAUUUAAAAUGCUAUAUUUUCACAGUUUCAUUAUAGAGUAAUGUCUGUUUUAGUAACCCAUGUCCAUUGGUACUUUAAAUAUGCUAAAUACUGUGCAAUUGCAAUAGAAAUUCAGAUUUUCAUAAGUAAAUGAAAUAGGAUACUGCAUCUUUAAAAAAAAUAGAGUGAAAAUAUUUUACUGUAUUCAUAACAUAUGUGAUAGUGCAAAAAGUAUUUUCAGACUCACAAAUUUUACAGAGGUUGUAAAUAGUUUGAUGAAGUAUGUCGGGGAAAAGAGCUUCUAGUUUUCAUCACAAUAAAAAAAAGAGACUUGUUCAGAUAUGCCUUGUAUAUCUUAUACACAAUUAUCAGUGUUGUCAUGGAAACUCUGUUCCACUUUGUCAGAGCAUAUACCUUGUGCUCUGAGAAAAUGGAGUGGCCACUUGUCUCAGUUUAGCCCAGAUGGUUUAAAACACAGUGAAGUCAUUUUAAGUUGCAAACAACUGAUUCCAAAUUCAAAAAGUCUUUUCCUGAAAAGGGGAGCACAGCUGCCCAGGACAUGACUUAUGCUCAAGAGAAGCAUCUAGCAAUUGUUCUCUUUUCUCAGUUACCUUCCUAUUCAAGGAAGUAAUGCUUGAUCAAAAAAACUAUAUAGGUGUUUAUUCUUGUUUAAGUCCAGAGGGGGAAUACUUUUGGAGUAGCUACAUGUUGACAAGAUUAAGUGCUAUGGAUAUGGCCACAUGUUAAGUGAGUCUGUACUGGCAAUAAGAAUAAGCUAAUGCCCAUUUUCGUAAAUGAAUUAAAAGCUGAAAGUGCCUGUCAAUAAACGUUAUGACCAAUGAGAUAUUCCUGUACUCUCACACAGCAAUAAUUCUUCAUCAGACUAGGUUUUUCCUCCACAUUUGGGAAACACACACAGAAUAGAGUAAAUAUAUGCACAUAGUAAAUUGAAUCUGUUCACAUAACCACAGAAAUUCUUUUGUGUCUUUUUAAAUAUACCUAAUCUUGUUUAUGUUAGCUUUUCUUGGUUUCAUCUUUCUUGCUUACAGAAUAUAAGAAUUCAAGUCUGAAUAUUAAGGCUAUCUUCAGUGUAUACUCUGGCAUAUGGUAAUUACAAUUUUGAGAUAAAUAUUCACUGGGAUUAGCCCCAAAUUUACAAAGCACCAUGUAUGGCUCAAAAAGUUUUGCUCAGUUAACAAAAGCCAAUUUGUUUAGAACAAAACACUAGAGAUAUUUGUUUGUUUGCUUGUUUAACUUUGUUAUAUCCAUUAAUAUCAAAUGCUCUAAUCCAUCUUUAUUUCUCUAUUUCCUUUUUCUCUAAUUAUUUUCUGUUGCCAUCUAACAGCUGUUUUGGAAUGAGUAUCAACACAAUCAUUUCACCCUAAAAAGUCUACUGAAAUAUGGCUGAAACUUAAAAAAGCCUAACUUUUAACCAAGCUUUGCAGUUAGUCCUGGAAAACCAGAUUUACAUUCACAAUGGCACAACAUUUUCCUGUAAUUAUUUUACUGCUAAAAGUAAAGUUAUUAAAAAUAUAUACAAAAAAUAUAUACAAUGAGAUUAUAUGAAUAGACAAGAGCCCUGGAAAUUCUCCAGACUUACCAACUCAGAAUGCAGAUCUAUCCAAACAAGUUAUUGAGGGCUAUCAGUAAAAUUAGACAAUUUAAAAGCCAAACAUUUGGUCAGAGCAAUUUAAAAAGUCUGUGAUUAAACACUCAGGCUUUAGACAGUGAAGACUCCCACGAUAGACGGUGUUCUCCAGAACCAGACCACAGGCCUAAACCCAUCCACUAUUUCCUCCUCUACACUUCAGAAAGAAAAGAAGGAAAUAUGCCUGGAUAGGGUGUAAAACAACCAAUUCAACAUCAAAGGGAAGCUGUUGGGUUCCUUAAUCUCAUGGAAGUCAUGGCUUUUGACUGGGCUGUUUACUGCCAAGUUGUCUGAAGGUACUGAAAGAACAUUAGUUCGUGGAAAAGUAAAAAAUUCAGCAAACCAGGAAAUAAGAGCUAUGGUUUAUUAAACCCUGACUAUAUGAUGAGCACGAUACCAGGUAAUUAUUAGACUCAAUCCUCUCAUCUGUACAAUGGUUCUACAUUUUAUGGAUGGGAAACUGAGGCACAGAGAGAUUAGCUGAGUUUUCCACCAACAGAAAUGGUGGACGAUAGAGUGGGAAUGUGAAGCUACCUAUCACUGGCUCUGAAGCCUGCCUUAUUUCUACCACAUCGCUCUGCACGUGUGUUCCCAGCAGCCAGAUUUCCAGAUUUCUAACUCUUCCGUAGUUUUAUUAUGGAUGCAUAGUCCUCAUAUUUUCUAUGUAAGACAUAGGAACAUGAUACAGCACAUGAUUUGACAGUAGUGCAUAAUAUAUGAAGUCAGUCCUCUGGGAAGCCAUGCAUGAAGGAUCAUUUUAAGCAAACGGCAACAACCAGAUGUCUCCAUGAACUUACACUUACCUCCUAAAUGUUUGUCUUAGAGAUCCAAAAGUUGUCAAAACUCUUACAUACUUAUUAGCAUUUUCACAAGAGUGGAGUAUUCUCAAUUCUGCUUAUUUCUUUGUAGCUAUAUAAAAGCCUUCCCACCUAUACAGACCUUCUAGACUCUGCAUAAUUUGCGUUUGAAAUGUUCACCUCUGCGGAGCUAGUUGCUCAUCCCGAGCCCACUCUUGGCCGUUGCUGGGGCAGCCAUGAAGCAUUCAGUGGAUGAGCAAGGAGAGAAAACAGUUAAGUCCUUUUCAGAUUUCUCACCUAACAGCACCGCCUUGGAAUGUUUUAAAUAGUCUUAUAAAUAAUUUGUUUAUUGUGUUUGUUAUUAGUUUCAUUGAACUUUAUGUAAGAAACUGUCCUACAUCAAAGAAAUGAACCCCCUCCUUUUCUGUGUGGAACAAGGUCUCUGACAGAAUUGAUCCAUGGGAAGUACUAAUGGACUUGGAAAACAUUAAGUGAAUGUCAUUUCUCAUGGUGUUUCUUUUUCUGAAAAUGAAUCCCCUGAAUUAUGAUAUUUCUCCCUGUUAUUUGCUGAGGGAAGAGAGAAAACCUGUAUAAACAAAUCCCGUCCGUGCUGAAAGCAAGUGCUGGGUGCGCACAGCUGCCGCGGAGAGGGGCUCUCUCCUCAGUUAAUUGGGUUUCGCUAGCCAUAAUUUCUCAACGACAAAACCACAACUUUGAGUUGAAAAGAGGUGAAUAGUGGAAAUAGUAACAUCAGUAUGUUUUGCUUUCUGCAUUUCAUUUCUAGAAAUUAAAAAUGUUUGAAACAACAGAGUUUGGCCUUUGUGCGAAGCAAGACCAACGGCUCUUUGUGGGAUUAUUAUAUCUUGCUUUUUCCAAAGCAGGCUUAGCAAGACUUUCAGUGAGAUUCGUUUUUGUUGAAAAAUGAGGGUGAAGAGGAGGAUAAAAUUUGGGUCAAAGUCUUGUAGAAGUGCUCAAGUACUCAAAAAGCAAGAUAUUUUAGGGACAUACCAGCAUCUUCCCUUUCUGCUCAUUUCAUGCUCUGAAGAUAACAACAGAAAACUUAGAACAUGCUUGUGCCCUACUUGUGUUUCUAGUUUUCCCAUAGCAGACUUCUGUGAUUACAUCCAGAGUACAGUAUAUAUUUUGUGGCUCAAAACUUUCUCUUGCACUGGAUGGGUGUUAUUGAACUGGGGCACUGGUGCCUAUAUUCAAGGCUCUUUCCUAUCAACUUGUCUGUCCACAAUUUGUUGUGUUUAAAACUUCAUUUUUCAAAAUCACCAUCUCCCUGCCAGAAUGGUGGUUCUUUUGUUUUUUUCAUGUCUAUGUGGGACUCAUUGCAUCACAUGGCCGACCAACUGUCCAUGGAUAUGAGAGAACUACUUACAAAACCAGCUUGAAAACAUCGUCUUGUGUAUUAUGUCAUCCUGCCUCACAAUGCAAUUAUGUGUAUCAUAACAUACUCAUUUUAAAAAAGAGAAACCAGCAAAUUCAUGUUUGUCCAUAGAAGAAUGUACUCAGAACUUUUUGUAUUGUGAAACGAUGAGAACCGACCACCUUUAAGAUACCCACCUGCCACUUAAAAUGACUUAGUUAUACUUAGUAGUAGUCUAGACAUUGCUCUCAGUGUGUGGGGGUCAAUUCCAAUGUCAUAUUCUUUUGAAUAAUAUCUCUAAGUCGUAUUUUUUAAAUUACAUGGGAAUAAAGAAAAAUGUCAUCUUUGGCCAAAUCAAGCAGGCAUCUUUUUCCUUUUCCUUGACACUUAUCUCAUUAUACAUGGUGAUUUAGAUCACAAAAUCUAUCAGUGUAAAAAUAGAAAAACGUCUUUUUGUUUACACAACAGUUAUUCUAGACUUGAAGCCUCUGAACAGCAAAUUGAAUAGAAGUGCUGUGUCUGAUUCACUUUACAGAUACAAUUCUACAAAAGACUCUUGGGUCUCUGACCCCGGAGAGUUGGAGUGCCCAGAGGAAAUCCUACCAUUAAAGGAUAAAACCCCCCAAUGAUGCUGGCAAGCAAAUGUGUUAAUUUCUUAAAUCUCCAUUUAGUUUUCUGUUCAGAGUUUUAAUUGCAAAUGAAUUUCUUUCUCCAGCUUAUCUAAAGAUCUAAUUUCCCAAUAGUUUCCUCUGCAUUUAUAUACUCUGUAGGGUUUAGGCAACCCCUGUUAUGAGUUCAUUAAUAUUAUGUAAGUGUUGUUCUUGUAUUUAUGUAUAGUGUAUGUAUUGUAAAUAUACUCAGAGCUUUUUUCCUUUUACUGUAAAAUGGUGAUUUUUUUUUUUUUUGCCCUAUGAUAAUGUAAAGGGAGACCC